CCAGCAAGAAGAGGAGGGUUUUCUUUCACGUGGCGGCGAGAGAAGAAAGGGGGAAAAUCCGGCGAAUUUGGCGUCGUAUCCUGGUGCUUUCUUUCUCAAGAGUUUCACUUUAAAAUACCCAUUCCCGGUGAACUUCAGAGGAGUUGAAGAUGCUUGCUGAACAACAAGAAAUCGAUGAAAUUAGUCGUUCGAAUGAAGUAGGUAAUAAACGCAAGGAUGAAAGGAAGAAGAAACGGAAAGAUAAGAAGGAAAAGAGAUUGUUAAAGAAGCAAGAAGAAAAUGGUGAUGAAGAAAAUCAGAAAUCCAACCAUGGGAUGGAAAGAAGUGAGGAGGAAAGUGAGCAGGGUGAACAAAAACAAGGAAUAGAUGGUAAGAAGAAGGACGGAAAGAAGAAUAAAAAGAAGGAGCGGUUAUUGAAGAAAGCGGCGGAAGCUGAUAAUCGAGGGGUCUGCUACUUGAGUCGGAUUCCUCCCCACAUGGAUCAUGUAAAGCUUCGUCAAAUACUGUCUCAAUAUGGAGAAAUAUUGAGGAUUUAUCUCACGCCUUCAGGUCGAACACCACAAGUAAAUGGUAAGAGACCUUCAUCAGGUGGGUCUCAAGAACAAGAAUUUUCAGAAGGGUGGGUUGAAUUUGCUAGGAAAGGAAUUGCUAAGCGGGUUGCCAAUAUGUUAAAUGGUGAACAAAUUGGUGGGAGGAAGCGAUCAUCAUUCUAUUAUGAUCUUUGGAAUAUCAAAUACUUGAGCAAAUUUAAAUGGGAUGAUCUUACUGAAGAAAUUGCUUACAAGAGUGCCAUUCGGGAGCAGAAACUGGCUUUAGAAAUCUCUGCUGCCAAAAGAGAACGUGAUUUCUAUCUCAAUAAAGUUGAUCAGUCCCGCGCUCAAAGUGCCAUAGAAGAACGGAUAAGGAAGGUAAGACAAGUUGCACACUUUUUCAAUAUAGUCAUCAAUGAAAAUUUUCUAAUUUAAGUUAUUUUUUUGUAUAAGUUUGCUGGACUGAUAUUUUAAGAAUCCUGGUUAAAUGCUAGCUGGAUGAAUACAGUUUUUAUCCUUUGACCAUGUCUUGUUAAAGGUUGUUAAAAUAUAAUCUUUGUGUGGCAUAACAAAGAGAUUCAUGGUCAUGGAUUUCAAGUUUUUGGAGAAAAGAGUUAGACUCGGAUUAAUGUGUGCUCUGACUGUAAAGAUGCUAAUGUGCUAUACUGCUAUGCUUGAGGUUUGGAUGGUAGAGAUAUAAUAUAAUAGAAGAAAUACC